AACAAUCUGAAUGAACAUAAAUUGCAGCUUCUGAAAACGACACGAUGAACAAGAGAAUCCCACUAAUCGAAGGCUGAAAUUUGAGUUAUAUCACUUUUUUUAGAAUUUUGUUCUUCUUUCUUUUUUAAAAGGAGAAUAAUCAUAUGCAUAUGUGGUAGGGCAACAUUGGAGACGAUAGGCAGAGGCAAAUAUAAUUAGGGUGUCUUUUUAUUUUAUUUUAUUUUAUUUUAUUGUAAUGGGUAUCCUCUUUGGUAUCUUCAAAACUUUUGUUUGCUCAGUUUUUUGGGUUAUAAAUUGUUACCCGAUUUGGUAAGGACAGUAUAGGAAUUUCCUUAAACAAGAAUAUUGGGCUUUGCUCUUGCAAGAGAAAUGGAGAAUGACUGCAUGCACCGUCCCCUUCAAUCUAUCCAUAGUCGUAUUGAAGGGGAGAGACCACCAUACUACGAUCUGAACCAAACUGUACAGUUCGAUCUAAAACUACGGUUCCAGUCAUACGAGAAAGCCUCUCAACUCUCUCUCUGUUCCUCUCAAAAUUAAACUGGUCAGAGCUAAUGGAGCAACUUGCUUCCUUCUUUAGCAGCAUUAUCCAACUUGCGAGGGGAAAAAAAGGAGGGAAAAUAUAUAUCCGUAGUUUUGUGAGGCUGCAGUUCACUGUGUGUGCAUGGGACGUAGAAACGGAGGAAUGGACCAUCUAAAUUCUAAGCCCAUGUGAUCUCAUGUGGAAAUAUUGAGCAGUUGCAGCCGUUUAUCCAUACAUAUUUGAGCUCGCAGCAGGCAGGCAGCAAGGCCGAAAGAAAAAGGGAUAUUCAGCCCACAUUAUUAUAUACGAUUGUGAUUGUUCAUAGAAUGUGAUCAUAAAGUAUAGGAGAAUAUCGUUAAUUAAUCAUCAUAUCAUCAUAGGGUUAAUCAUGAAUUGAUAAAUGACGUUGUUAUCGGAGUAAUCGAAACGUGUAGAGAAUCAUAAAUACCGGAAUAAAGAGAAAUAGAGAUGGUAGGCAUCCAAGACUCUAAGUGGAUACUGCUAUUCAACACAAUGGAUAUCAUCAAACUCUUUAGUAGAGAUGGUGUCAUCUCAUUCUACAUGAACACCGUCCAAACUCUAAGUGGGUGCUGUCAUCUGACAUCAUGAAUAUAUACCAUCCAAUUAUAAACGAUCAAUGUCAUCUCAUCUCGUGGUCAUCGCACCCAAAUUACUAGAUGCAUGGUACCAUGCAUGUUGUUGUAUAGUGACCAUCCAGUUGUCUGAUUACCAAUUCCAUGAUAUGUUGUCUCGGUCAAUGAUUUGUUAGAUGUGUGGUAAUUACCAUUCAAUCGUCCAUCACUACGGGAAAAAUGACUUCUUGCAACACUCGGAUUGCAACCCUAUUUAAAAGUGUUGCGUUAAAUAUAUAAUAGCAACACUUUUUUUUAAGUUGCGUAUUAGGUAGUUUACGCAACACACUGCAAAUGUUAGUUGCGUUUGCAUAUCUUACGCAACACUUGCACCACGAGUGAUAUUAUGUUGCAAAUUUAUAUACUUUAAGCAACUUUUUGCCUAAUAGUGUUGCACAUUAGUUUUCUGGCUAAUGAUAACUCAAUUAAAAAAACAUUUGUCAAUCAACUUCGUUAAAAUUUUCAACCUAUUUGUAUUCAUUGUGUCAUGUUUAAUAUUUUCCAGAUCAAAUCUUUUAUUUUUUCCCGUCAGUUGUUGGUUUUAAGAUUCGAACCCAACAUGUGGUGGAUGUUCCACUUUUUCUACCCAGCUGCUUUGUUUCUUUCCGAAGUUUAUCAUCAUCCACUUUUCCUGCAUCCAGUUAAUUUGCUCCAAUCUUCUCUAAAUUUUAACAAUUAUCUGUUGAAUAUGUUUAAUUGACAAAAAACUUUUUCCAAACAAAAUUUCCUUUGAACAGAUUAGGAAGCAUCACACGUUUAAUUGAAUGAUUUAAUAGUGGUAAAAAAAACCCCAUAGAUUUGUAUUAUAUAAGAAAAAGGCUCCAAAUGGUAGAAUAUAUGGGGAACAAAAUUUUGAGGUUUACAACCCCGCCUAAUCCCUUCCACUGAGAUAUAUCGGGGAAGGUAAGUCCAUAAAAUAUUCAAUAUAUAUUCCCCAAUAAGUCCCCUUGCCAUAUCCCAACUUUCCAUGUUCGUUAGGGUUUUUAUUUUUAUCGUUUCACUUCUGCGCCGCUGCCCGCUUGUAUUCUGCUUCUCACGGUGUGAUGUCAAACACUAGUUUACUUUUUCCUUGGAUUCGAAGACAUAUAUAGAAGUUCUCAUACAUCUUCUUCUCUAAAAAUUCAGUUCACCUAGCAAGCGAAAUCGUCAUCAUCCCCCAUUGAUCUUCUGAUUUAUGCUUCAGGCAACUCUUUCACUUCAGUCCCACCCUCCAAUCUAUGCGACAGAGUCAUUCGAUCGUCAUAUUGUAUUCAUUAAUCUUGUUAGCCUCUUUUUGCUAAUAUUGUUUGAUUUUCAGUGUUAUUAUUCAAUUCUGGGAGAAUAAGCAAUCAAAAUUCAUUGAUUGAAGGGUGAAUAACGAUAUGUGAAGAGGUUGGACAGGUUGGUUGAGAUGGCGGAAUCUGAGGUAAGUUGCUCCAUAAGAUCUAAAUAGUCAAUCAUAUUGAAUGGGUUUUUAAGUUUCUGUAUUUUCUUCAAUUUUCCUUCCAAAGACUAUGGAUAAUAUCUACCAAACCAGGCUCAAUCAAAAUCAAAUUAGACGAGCCUUCAAGUCACUUGUUGGAUAUAUAUAUAUAGAAAUCAGGAAUAACAAUGUGAUAGAAUUUAUCCUUAUUUUUCAGGUACAAGGAGGAGUCUUCUUUCACCAAAUUCAGAAGUCGACUCACAUGGAGGAGUGUUCUUUUAAUAAUAUAUAUGGAUGGUUGUAAUUAUUUGAUCAAUAUUGUUCGUCAACGCUGUAAAUUUUGUCUAAAUAUUUAUUUGUAUUGUACGUUCAUUACCAAUUUUCCUUGUUGAUUCUAAUUUAUGUGACAAGUGUAUUGUCACAAAAGAAAUAAUUCGUGACGCGUAUUAAUGUGAUUCUUAUUAUAAAUUUGUCACACAAUGUUGCAUCCAUGACCAUAGAAUUCGUCAUAAAUAGUUACUUCAGUGACGCGACCCCAUAAUCACACCUUGGAUUCCAAAAAGUGUAUUAGUGAUAGAACUUUGGUCACACAUGACAAUUAUUUGUGACAAUUAGACAUGUCACUGUUGUGGUUUUCGUGUCGCCACUAACUCAUCACAAAAAGGAUCUUUAUUGACGAUAACACUGUCAUGCAAGUAUUAGUAUGUGUUACGUGCAGAAUAGUCACAAUUGAGUUAGGCAUUUGCGAUGAGUUAGACUCAUCACGAAUAAAAUAUAAAUGUUGCAAAAAAAUAUAAAAAAAUGUUGCCUAUGUUUCUAAAAUGUGUUGCAAAUUUUUUGAAAUGUGUUGUUGAAAGUGGUGUUGCAUAAAAGGUAAAGAUACGCAACCCUUUUUAUUUUGGUUGCGAACGAUGAAAAAACAGUUGGCUAUUCCUUUUGCUACCCCCACUAUAUGCAACCCUACCAAAAGUGUUGCAUUAGGAUUUCACAACUAUUUUAAGACAUUGUGCAACACAUUUGUGGGAGUUGCAAGAUGUCAUUUUUCCUGUAGUGCAUCCAUGGGUGUUGCGUGGAGUUAAUUUUGUGGGAGAGGAUAGAGCUAUCGGUUGGAGAGCUCUCCAUGAAAAAAACUUGAAUCAAACUUCUAGAAGAACAGAAAAAUCAAAUUACCACAAAAAGCGUCAUCAAGGUUUUUAUCUUUAUCUCUCUCUAAACUGUAAUUUUAUACCUGUAGCACCAGAGAUCUUCUACAAGUCUCAUAUGUAUUCAUAAUUGGUAGUUACCGAGCUCUCAAAGAAUCUGUUAUAGGAGUAGAGGUAACACUAAGUAAAAUUCCUUUGGUGCAUAUAUCGAACAUCCUCAUUUGAGUAGUGUUUCAAGAGUUGUGAACCAAGCAAGAUAUGUUUUCUUGAAGUCGAUCGAGGUGCAUUGAUUACAUGAAAUUCCACCACCGUAUGUACCCUAACCCGCCAAUAAAGAAAUUACAAGAACAUAUAGAAAAAAGACCUAAAACCUUGUAACCUGAACCACACGACGAUAAUAAUAGAAACCAAAUCAACAUAAAUUCUAAUUGUACGUGAUCUGUACACCAACAACGGUUUAUUAUUAUACCUUUCGGCCGUCUUGUUUUGCUUUUAAGAAAAAGACGUCGUCAUCCCUACGUUACAAUUUUGCUAGUGAAUGUGGUGGUUAGUUUAUUGACAUGUGCUUAAUCAUAUGAUCAAUCACACUUAUGGAAGUCGUGGUUUGACUUGACUCGUCGAAUGUUGCCAACAACAGGAGAAAUCACGAAGUUGUCUCUCAUUGGCCGGCCCAUCACAUAGUUCACGUGGACUGCUCGUGAGACAAUGUGGGCGGAAAACGACGUCGUCUGUCGCUGUUCGAUUUUGACCUUCUUUUUUGGUACCAGAAUUUGCAAAAAUAAUAUUAUCUGUUAUAUCGCAUUUCAUUCUUCCCCGGCCACUCCUUACUCCCCCCUUACACAAGAAUCUCCCCCACCAAAAAGCAAUCCAUAAACCGGUGUUUCUGGAAUCGUAUUGUAUUCGUCCGUUCGAUCGAAAUUUCUUAUUAUUGGAGUCUAAAUUGACAGACAGUUUUUUAGUGUGGUACAAAAUAGCCGAACCACACAUUCGAUCGGCACAAAAAUAUCACCUGCUAACUUAUCGGUAUACAAACUUCUGAUACGAUUCCACCACCAUCGUUGCUACAUAUCAUAAUAACCAACGAUUGAAAAAUCUGGUUGUACGGGAAAAGCAAGUGUAGGGUAUUUAAUGCUGAAACCGUAGUUUAACCACGAUUGAAAUGUUUCCUACUGUUAAAUCCCAUCUACCGAUUUUUGCUUCCGACAUGUCUUUUUUUACCGGUCGAACAGCCGAUGUCUUUUUUUUUUUUUUUUAUAAUAACCCACAUAGAACAAUGACAUAAGGAGAGAGAGAGAGAAUAUUGGCAUAAAACUUUAGGGCACAAAAGGCCCCACAAUAUCUAGAUUCCAUCCAAACCCAAUUAAGCCAUCAAUGAUCAAUCAAUAGUCUCAUCUACCUCUCCACCUCCCCUUAUAUAAACCUCAUAUCACCCCCCUCAUCCCUCUUCACUAUCAACAUUUUCCCCACUCCACACUUCUCCACAAAACCUCUUCUUCUUCAUCAUCCACAUACAAUCACACACAUACACAGUCUCACCAAACCAAAACACACAAGAGACCAAUAUCAUGUCGGGAGUGUGGGUGUUCAAGAACAACGGGGUGAUACGCCUGGUGGAGAACCCCGGCGGCGAAACGACGGCGGCGGGCGACGGCGGCCAGCAGAUCAGCAGCAGCAGGAGGAAGGUGCUGGUGCACCUGCCGAGCGGGCAGGCCGUCACCUCCUACGCGUCGCUGGAGCGCAUCCUUUUAGGGUUGGGGUGGGAGAGGUACCACGGCGGCGACCCUGACCUUCUGCAGUUCCACAAGAGCUCUUCCAUCGACCUCAUCUCCCUGCCGCGUGACUUCCACAGGUUCAACUCCGUCUACAUGUACGACAUCGUCGUCAAGAACCCUAACCUCUUCCACGUCCGCGACAUCCACUAAUUAAUUAAUAUGAAUCAUUGUUACGCUCAGCAUGCAUGCAUGCAUGGGAUAAUCCAUGCAAAAAUAAUAGAGUGUCUUCUACUCUAACCUCCAAUAUAUUUACAAAUUACAACGUACGGUUGCUUAAUUUGGUUGAUUUGCUUGGAAGCUGGAGGACGUUCUGCUUCGUUAUAUAUAUAUAUAUAUACUAGCUAGUGAUACAUGAAUUAAUGGGGUUUUUUUUUUGUGCUUUUUGGUUUUGGAGAGUGGAGUUUUUAUGUAUAAGGUGUGCCAGCUUUGCUUUCAGGAGAUUUUGUGUUCCUUGUACUAUACUAUUUAUACAGAAGUAUGUAAUUGCGGUAAUGAGUGAAAUGAAGUGAUUGAUUUUUUUUUUUCUUUCUAGCUUCUCUGUCUGCCCGCUCAUCGGACUGUCGCGAGUACCCAGUUGGUUUCAAUCAUUCGAGUCGUCGCGAGAGAGAUUCAAUUAUUAAGGAUCAUAUACAACUUAAAUUAUUAACGCGCUCCUUCAAACGAAAACUAAGUUUGGACAGGCAAUAGAAUAUAUACCAUGUGCGUGCUUAACAGAUGGAGUCACUAUCGCAGCUAAGAUUCAACAAUAAAACAUCUCAAUCAUUAAAACAAAAAUUCUGAUGCUAUAUCAAUGACUAGUUGGUGGCGCGCGUCUUUAAGGAGAUGUCCAAUAAUGAAUCUAAUAUAUACUAACAUUGAUCUUUUGUCUGGCUAGCUAGCUAGCUAGCUCAUCCUAUCGUUAUUAUGAGAGAGGGAAAUCAUUGUGGAAGAUGCAUGGCUGCGGAUUGGAGGGAAUGAUUAACGGAUAAGGUAGUUUUUGCAAUCAUUUGAUAAUCAUCAUCACAAAUUCAUCAUCUCUUUUCCCGUAUCCAUGGGAUGGAAUUGUGUGUGGCCGUCCUGAUCCUCUCGGUUGAUAAUCAUUUGAUAAAAAAAGGCUGAGAUUGUCCAACGUGUGAAUGGGUGUGGCAGUUCACGUGAAGAGCGGCCACAUGUCGACAUCCCACCAUAAAGCCACGUGUCGACAUCCCAGAUUCCAGUCAAGACUCUGCCGGCCGGCGAUACAGUAAACUCCGGGGAGGGACGACGUUGCUAUCGGCUGACAAUUACUCAAAUCAUUCGAUAAUCAUCAUCAAUCCGUGAGCAUCUGCAGAUUGCGGCCAUGUGGGCGCCGGACCCACCGCUUUCCCCGGAAAAAAAGUACGGCCACUAAGCAAGCAGCAGAGCCGCCGAUCCACCGUGUCCUGGUGAGAAGAUAGCAGAGGAGGAUGGAGGUGGUGGGCUGUCACGUGAAGAGUGUCCACUCUGUUUCUUUCUGGGGCCCACAAUGCCACGUGUCUCGACAUCCGAGAUUCCAGGGGGCCGGGGGGGAGCGUAUCCUUUACUUGGCUGUGCUUAGCUAGCUUGCCAAUUCGAGUGAGACGCUGGCGAUUCCCGCAGCCACAAUCAUUUUUUUUUUAUUUUUUUUACUUUUGUUUAAUUGUUAAUUGAUUAAAUAAAUCCACAUUAUCUUA